AUGCUUUUUCCUAAGAAAAAGCAUUCCGGAAACCAUGCCGCGAUUGAACUGCCGAAGGAAGCCUUGCAAGACUCUGUAACUGCUGCUCAGAUUAUUUUCAAACGGUACGCUCACGCUAACGUCAAUGCAAAUGGAGAAGAGAAACUAGGGAAUUUGAAAGUGUCACCCACCCCUAUGAUGAAAUCUGAGGUCUCUUUACCGAGAAUGAGGCAUCCAGAUUCAAGAGGUUUAAACUAUCAGUACGCUAGGGAAAGUUCUUCUGGUCAUACUGAGCCUGCUUCCGUACCGACGACUCCUUUGGGAAUGAACUGUUACGAUGCAAAGAAUAAAGCGUCGAACUCGCCAAGCAGUAUUGCAGCUGCAGAGGCAGCUGCCUACUUGGCCCACUCAAACUCGUUCAGUCAUAGAUCAUCCGCUAUCAGUAGCCGAGAUCCGGUUAUGGAUUUUGAAACGAAACCACUACGUACGCCUUCAGCUUUGAAGAAUGAGCAGCAGCUGAAUAAAACAAGGAUACCGCCACCAUUAUAUGGUAGCGCUGUCAGAUCUCACUCUCUUUCGCCACAAAUAUCUUACUCUACUUCACUAUCAUCAUCGUGUUCCUUGAGUUCCGAUGGAGAAGACGUUUCUUAUAAAGAGCAAAGCACAGAUGAGAUAUUUACUCCGGAACCCUCCAUAUCUUCUUAUAGUCUUGCAUCAAAAGCCUCGGCGAAGGCUUCUCAAGCUAACGCCUUACAGGUGCAGCAAGAGCCUGAUUAUACGGCUACGAAUAAGCUAAAUGGUGGCAACGUAAUAUAUAAGGGUACUUUGCCCGAUCUAAUACCGCGAAGCCAAAGAAAGUCAGUCAAGCCAAGGUUUAAGCACAAACUUUUACGGUCAUCCGACGUCGACGAAUACAGCUAUGGUCAACAACAAGAGAAUUUAUCACGUGUAUAUUCCGAGCAGAAGCAGAAUGGUAGAGCCGUUGUAAACACGCAGCAAAAUGUAAAGCUAAAAACUACGAUGAGACGUGGGAAGUAUGCCAUUACAGAAAAUGAUGAAACCUUCCCCUACGAUAGAAAUGCGGCAUCAUCAGAUUCAGACACGGACGGAGAUUCUAAUGUUAUGGCAGUAAAGGACAAGAAGAAGAAAAGCCGCCGCUCCAAGAUUAAGAAAGGUUUGAAGACAACGGCAGCUGUAGUUGGAAGUAGCACAUCUGUUCUUCCGUUUCCCCAUCAUCAUCACCAUCACCAUCAGCUCCAUAACUCAAAUUCCCAUCAUUUACACUCACACCACUACGCAAGCCCUCACAAAUUUAAUGAAGAUAAGCCGUGGAAAUCUCACAGAGAUCUUGGGUUUAUCACAGAACAAGAAAGAAAAAGAUACGAGUCUAUGUGGGUGUCGAACAGAUACUCGUAUUUGCGCUUGUUGCCGUGGUGGCCCACUUUCGCGGAUGAAGACGACGAGUCUCGCCUGCAACCAUUAAAUUUGCCACAAGAUGGACUGAUGUUGAAUUUAGUCGUCAAAGACAUAUGGUGUCGCUCAAACCUACCCGUAGAUCUGCUAGUGCAAAUAUAUAACAUGGUGGAUACAAGAAAAGACGGUACUUUGGACAGGAAAUCUUUUAUAGUGGGCAUGUGGCUCGUCGAUCAAUGUCUUUAUGGCCGAAAACUGACUAACGAACUGGACCAAAGAGUCUGGAAUAGUGUCGACAACUAUAUUCUCGGUGCAAUUAAUGUUAAAUCUCCUACCAGUGACCGUUAUCACAGCACCACUAAUCUUCCAGACAAGCCACCGAAGCUUUCAGUACGACAGGAACUGAAGAACAUCAAACGCGAUCUCAGGAAUGUCAGAAUAUAA